UACACUUUUAUCGAAGUCGAUUAUUUAAGUUAGUGUACGUGCGUGAAGGAGUUAGGACGCCAUAUAAAAAUAUUUUGAAAAAAUUCAGUUUAAAAAAAAAUCAGGCGCAUUACCUUAUUGUGACUUCAAGAAUCUGGUUUUGUGUACCUAUUUGAGGGGGAGAUUUUAUUCUGUGUUACAUCACCACCAACAAAAUGUUGUCAAUGGGAGUUAGGGAAUUCUAUGCCGGGAAGACAAUUUUCAUCACAGGCGCUACUGGUUUCAUGGGAAAGGUGUUGGUAUAUAAACUGCUCAGAUCCUGUCCUGAUCUGAAAACUAUCUAUAUACUUGUCAGAAAGAAGAAAGGACAGAGUCCAGAGGCAAGAUUGGAGACCUUCAUCAAUUGCAGGAUUUUUGAAAAGAUUCAGACUGACAAUCCGAAAGCACUCAAUAAACUGCGUUUAGUGUCCGGUGACAUCCUCGAGGAAUCCCUGGGAUUGUCGAAGAUGGAUGAGGAGGAGCUUUUAAGCGAAUGCCAGAUCCUUUUCAACAAUGCUGCUUGUGUGCGUUUUGAUUUAAACCUCCGGGAGGCGGUUAAAUUCAACACAAUGGGCACUCAAAAAUUGCUAAAACUAGCAGAAAAUAUGAAAAAAUUAGAGGUUUUCGUUCACGUCUCCACAUCUUUCUGUCACGAUGAAUUAGAUGUUGUAGAAGAUAAGCUAUACCCGUCCAAGCAUAACCCGGACGACAUAAUCAACUUGACCAAAUGGAUGGAUGACAAAACUCUCGCUCUUGUGCAAGCCGAACUGAUAAAACCCUAUCCAAACACAUACGGGUACACGAAAUGUCUGACAGAAGAACUUGUGUCUAAGUACGAGGGCAAAUUUCCUAUCGUUCUGGCGAGACCAUCUAUAGUUGUACCUGCGUUAAAUGAACCUAUGCCUGGUUGGGUAGAUAACUUGAAUGGAGCAACGGGCAUCAUUUAUGCUGCCUCCAGGGGUGUUCUUCACACAAUGUACUGCAAAGAAUCGACCAAAAUGGACACGGUUCCUGUGGACAUCACAAUAAACGCCUUGAUACUGUUAGCUUACCUGACUGGAUUGCAAAAACCCAAAGAUAUCCGUGUUUGUAAUAUCACUCAAUAUCUUGAACUAAACCUCUCUUGGGUAGAAGCAGCAAGGUAUUGGCAAAAAUAUUUGAACGACUAUCCAUUGUCGUUCGCAUUGUGGUACCCGGUGGCGACGGCAAAGAACUACAAAUGGGAACACAAAAUACAUGAAUUCCUCGAGCACACCCUGCCAGCGUAUUUCAUAGAUCUCAUAUUGUUUCUAUUGGGGAAGAAAACAUUCAUGAUCCAGGUAAUAAAACGUCUAAGUAAUGGUUUAGAGGUGUUGGAAUACUACAAUACAAGAACAUGGGUCUUCAAGAAUGACUUCUUGAAAUCUCUACCAAAUCAAAUCACGAAAGAAGAAAACGAAAUAUUCUCUACUAAUAUCUUGGCAAUGGAAGUGGAACAAUAUAUGAAGAACUAUUUGAAAGGGAUACGGGAGUUUUGCUGCAAUGAGGAUGACUCGUCACUUCCUAGAGCUAGAAUAUUACACAAACGGUUGUACUACCUCCACGUGGUUACAAAGCUUGCCUUUUACGCACUGUGUGUUUACUUUUUGUAUUGGAUUGUUAAAAAGAUUGCUUUGAUUUUGUAAUAAACUGAUUAAAACAUU